AUGUCGCAUGCAACCAUGGCGAUAGUUAUCCGCCCUGCCGAAUCGGACGACAUCCCGGCCAUCAUAGCCUUCAUCAAAGCGGCCCGCGCCGUCAUGUUCCCGAUGCUCGACAAGGAGUCCCAUGAUCAGCAGGCCGAGCUCGAACUAUCGAAGUUCCAAAAGACUUAUUUGGAUCAUCCCCACGGGGCGUUUCUCACCGCACGCGUGAACAACCAGCUGAUCGCAACCAUUGGGUAUCUCCCGUACGACGAUCAAUUUCCCGAACUCGACUUGGGCCGCCAGGGUAUCGUCGAAAUUGUGAGGCUGUACGUGGACCCAGCUUGGCGCCGCGCGGGACUCGCGUCGAAAUUGGUUGCCGUCGCCGAACAAACUGCCAAAAACGCGGGAAUCCAGCAGAUAUAUCUUCACACUCACCCGUUCCUCGACGGAGCUGUCACAUUCUGGGAACAACAGGGUUUCUCGGUCUUGCAGGUUGACGAUGACCCGCUGUGGCGAACGACUCACAUGAAGAAACUCAUCUCGAUUUGA